AUGGCGGAAUUUGAGGUGAUCAUCGUCGGUGGUGGGCCCGCGGGGAUAGCAACAUCGGCGUGCCUUAACCGCCUCGAGGUGUCAAAUGUUGUCAUCGAAAGGGAAGAUUGUUGCGCCUCUCUUUGGAAGAAGAGGGCUUAUGACCGCUUGAAGCUUCACUUGGCUAAGCAAUUUUGCGAGCUUCCUCACAUGUCAUUCCCUCCCGAGGCACCCACAUUUGUCCCUAAAAAGGACUUCAUUCGCUACUUGGACGACUAUGUCGAGAAAUUCGAUGUCAAGCCCCACUACAACCGCAGCGUUGAAUCCGCUUUCUUCGACAAAAGCAUUGGCAAGUGGUCCGUCGUUGUAAAGAACUUGGUUACGGCGGUGUACGAGGUCUAUUUCUCAGCGUUUCUCGUUGUCGCGACCGGGGAGAAUAGCCAGGGCUACAUUCCUCACAUGCCCGGAAUUGAGGGUUUUGAAGGGAAGGUUAUGCACUCUAGUCAAUAUGACAAUGGCAAGAGUUUGAAAGGCAACGAUGUUUUGGUUGUGGGGUCAGGGAAUUCUGGGAUGGAGAUUGCCUAUGACUUGUCAAACUGGGAUGCCAACACUUCCAUUGUCGUUCGUAGUCCGGUACACUUGUUGACCGAGAAUAUAGUCAAAAUUGGAAUGAUACUUUUGAAGUUCCUUCCAAUAAAAUUUGUCGACAUGAUAACAUUGACUCUAGGAAAAUUGAAGUAUGGAAAUGUCUCCAAGUAUGGUCUUCAAAGGCCUAAGGAAGGACCAUUUUUUACCAAAUUAGCCACCGGAAGAUCUCCCACCAUUGACGUUGGAACCGUGGACAAGAUCAAAUCAGGACAUAUCAAGGUUUUGCCAUCGGUUACAAGAAUUAAUGGAAACAACGUCGCAUUCGAUGAUGGCGAAAUGCGUUACUUUGACGCUAUAGUCUUCGCUACUGGUUACAGAAGCACAGUGAAAAACUGGCUUAAGGGUGGAGAUGACCUCUUUAACGAGAAAGGAAUGCCAAGGAAAAAGCUUCCCAAUGAGUAUUGGAAAGGGCAAAAUGGUCUUUACUGUGCUGGGUUCUCAUCAAGAGGAUUGUUUGGAAUUUCAAUGGAUGCACAAAACAUAGCACAAGACAUUAUUUUUAACUUGUCUCACCGCGAGGGAAAGCUUUGA